CUUUCAGGUUUCCUAUCCCCUCUCACCAGUUUCUCUGCCUCCUCCCACCACCAUGCAAGCUACAGGCGUAUUCACAUGGCGACAGCCGAUGGACGUUAGCUUGUACCCACCAGUAGGGAACCCUUGUGCCUACUUACUAGAAAAUGCUCUAUGCUACAUUAUAUCUGGAUUGUUGCUGCUGGUUGUUGGAGUUAUUAUCACAUCACUGACCUUUCAGAACCUUGAGGACUACAAAAAUGAGCAUGUCAACCGAUACGCAGGGCCUGUCCUGAUAGGGGCAGGGAUUUUGGUUAUCGCUCGCGGUGCCUUAAGUCACCUUUGCCCCCAAAGGUCACAGUUUGCUCGGCAAAGGUCUUUGCUGCGGAGAUAUGUGAGAGAAUUGUAUACGAGGCCUAUAUUAGGGCUUCGCAAUGAUUCUUCAAAUCUCUGUGACAUACGAGUAUCAGAGUCUCAAGACAUAGCAGAAAUCCAAGAAUGUCCCAGACCAACCAGACCAACUACACCAACAUUUUUGAGUAUCCAGUACAGCCCUGGCCCGCCAUCUUACUCCAGUACACCAUACAGUCCUCUGCCACCAGUGUAUACAAGUGCUCCAGCCACACCACGGCCAUUUUUCUUUGGCAGCCGGCUACGAAUGUACAGUGAUGACCCACCACCCUAUGAUGUGGUCAUGAAUCAAGAUUAUGUGGUCAGUGAGACUGUCACUGAAUCAAUGGCAUCAGAAGAGACCGCAGUCAACUUGGAUGAUGAGGAGGCAUUCCAGAGUGCUGAUGAAGAAUGCUGCCUGGAAGCACCACCUUCCUAUGAUGAAUUUAUGAGGACUUCCAGAUUAUGAGGUCAUGGACAGGCCUACUCAUUGGUGGCCUCCUUUCUCAUUUGUCAUUGCCCUCACCCUGCAUGGCAAAUUCCUCUUCCCAUCACCACUGUCUAUUUUUUUUUUUUUGAAGAGGAAUGUUCAUUGUUGCUGAACCCUCUCAUUCUCUAUCCACUCUUUGUCCUCAAAACCCCUCUCACAUACAUCUGAUAUAUUCUCACUACUACUUCAAGGUGUUUCUGGUAAGUUCUACCUGUUUAUUGUAUGACAAAAAAAAAUGGAAGCAAAAAUAUACAGAAACAAAAGAAAACUAAGUGAGGAUGGAGUAGGGUAUUCCAGAAUUUUAUGCAUGGAGUCUUUUCAUAGCAGUAAGCCAUGGUCUCUAUUGGGCUGCAGGAAGCCAGUAGACAGGUGUGUACACAUAUGUGGACACCAGGUAAGUAGUUAGGCUGUAAGGUAGACAUGGAGGACUUUCAGUAAACUUAGAGGCUAUAAGCUUAAACUUUACAAUGACACAUCUAUACAUACACAUGCACCAAAACUAAAGGUUAUAAGCUUGUUCUUUACAUAUGCAAAUACAUGUAUGAACUCAUUACAGAAAUCAAAGCUAUGGUUUGAUACUUUUAUAGCCCCACAAACACACUGACACUGCUAAAAGUCUAUGGAUUUGCAAUUUCCACUCUAUUUAAACCAGUUCUGGUUGUAAUAAAUCCAUAUAAUCUUUUUACUGUGUACAGGGCCCAUAUUUAGUAGAGUAUUGGGUAUAGCUCAGUAACUUGAUUCCAGUAUAUUACUGGUACUUAUUACAGUAAAGUAUCUAAUACUUUACUGUCCCAGCCAUCUUCACCACUGCCCUAUGUUGUAACCAAUAGAGGUGAGUGCCAGGUAAUCAAAGGUAAGAUUUUCUUGAGUUGAAUCCUGUAACGUGGGUUUGGGCUUCUCUUCACUUCUAUGAAAGAACUGAGUGGAUAAGGUAUUCAGCUACCAGAUCAUAGUUCAAACCAUUAAAGCACAGCAGUGUCUUUAUGGUUAGAACAUUUCAUUCUUUAUUGACUCAGUUUAUUUGGGUGCAGAGUAAAUAGAUACCAGAUCUUCAGGUAAAGUUUAUCUGUGAUUGACUGGUGUCCUGUUCAGGGCCCCUUAUACAUUUGUUGCUAAUGAAACCAGAAUUUAAUACCAUUUUGGCCUACUGAAUUAUGCUGAGAUUAAUACACAACAAGAGGCUGCUAGUCACCUUAGGAAAACGCACGAAUGUCACUUCCAGCCAUCUCUUUAAAAUACCUGGCCUUAGUUUGCAGUCAAAAGAAACCAAUUCUGAAAAGCCUACAUUAUAUUUUUACAAUAAUAUUCUAAAUCUAUCAUUGGUGUUUCAAUCCUUGUAUCUAUCUACUGCAGAUAAUUGUACAAUGUUUCUAAUAGUGAUAAGGAUUUCUGAUUUGCCAAAAAAUAUACAUAUAUAUAUUUUAUAAGUAAACCUGUUUAAAUUUUGGUAAAUUUUCUUGUAUAUGUAAGUAAAACCUGGUCCAUUGGUCAGUGAGGAUUUUGUGAGUUGUGUGUUCAUGACUAUAAGAUAUAAUUGUGGGUACUGUUUUUUUUGUCGUAAAUUUACCUCCCUUAUUCUUUGAGAGUCACUAACAACUAGCACUAAGUGUUUGUUUUCUUUCUUCAAUUAAGAGGGAAAUUUCAAUUAAUUAAAAAUUUUUUUGCAUAUAUCAUUCAGUACAUCAACACCUAUUAGAACAUUUUUAGAGUGCUGCAUUUAUUAAAAUAAAUGAAACUAUAUAAUACAAAGAGUAUAGUUGCAAAAUUUAUUAUAGGUACUAAGCCUAAGUCUUUGGAUCUGUACAUGCAGGAUCUACCUAAAGCAGCUCUAAGAUGUCUCUAAGUAUUACUCCUGCAAAUAAAACCCCAACAUGUGCAACUAUUUUUGCUUCAAACCCUGCACUGAAAACAUACAUACACAGCAAAAACAAAAAAAAGCAACAAAAAAAAUCUUCAUCCUUCAAAAUUCCUCUUUAUCUCCAGCAGCUUCACUUCCAUAAACACAAAG